AUGAGGAUGGACGGGAUCAUACAGAUGCUACCAGAACCGUUGAGAAUGUUCUCAACCCACAUUGAUUUUACCGGUCAGAAGGCCGCUGAAAGAACGUUCCAGGUCAUCAUCGUACUUGCUGGUAUAAUCGGCUUUGCCGUCGGUUUUGCAACGCAACAACUGUCGCAUGCCAUCUACACCGUACUUGGUGGAGCCGCGUUGUCUGCCUUGAUCAUCCUACCUCCUUGGCCAUUUCUCUUCCGUAAAAAUCCUAUUGUUAAUUUCGUACUAGCCUUGACAAUGUUACGAACGGGUGCAUUGUGCUUGCGCACUGCACUUCGACGAUCAUGGAUACGGUCAUCAUCCGCAGUGGUGGUUCCACGAAAAGCAGCCGUUUUCCAUGCCUCUUCGUUCUUAGUUAGUCCACCACAGCAGGCUCGGCUGUUCUCAAGCAGUUCUAACGGAGAAAAUGAUAAUCCUGCCGCGUCAGCAGAAGAGGAGUCUGGCACGUUAGAGACUGCUAUUGUCGAGGGAACUGAUGCUAGUGGAAUGAGCACUAUCAACAUUCCCGAUGUCUUUCCUAUUGUGCCUGUGAUUUCUAUAAAUCGCUAUCCGUUGUUUCCAGGUUUCAUAAAGAAAGUAGACAUAGUGAAGGAUGAUUCCCUAAAGCAAGUACUGCGAAACAGAGUUGCACUAAAACAGCCAUACGUUGGAGUUUUCGUCAAGCAGGAUGACGAGUUUGGUUAUACUUACACGAAUAAGGAAGAGGUUGUGUCUUCAUUAUCGCAGCUCUACAACGUUGGAUGUUUUGCGCAGAUCAUAGAAAUGCGUGACCACGGCAAGGUCUUGGAACUAGUAUUGAGUGCCCACAGAAGGAUACGCAUACUUGAACCCGUUGAGGAAGGAUCUGCUGAGGAACCUCACAAAUCUCUCAAUGGCCGAAGGGUAGGGUACAGGAAAAAGAGCUCACUUACACCACCGAAAGUCUUGCCUAACCCAACCUCAGAUCGAACCUCGGUUCUGCUGGCUCGAACAGAAAAUGUAAUCGCAGAACCUGCUGAACGAAACAAUGAAACAAAAGCGAAGAUGCAAGCUAUAGUUCAAACAAUUCGGUUUGUUCUUCUUAUAGGCUUCAUAUAA